UAUAUCGAUAUGGGUAUUAUGGCGCCUGUCUCGUGACUUCGGAUUUGGAUAUAAGUGAAUUGGUACCUGUGUAUGGAGAAUAAUUACAAACCAAACGUCUAACGUAAAAUCACGGUUGUUUAUAUAUUGCUGUAGUCUGAAAUAAUAUAUAUUUUUUUCAAACGUAUGUUGUGUGGAUCUGAAUUAGUCAGUGGCUAUUAUAACAGUUGACGUGUAUUCUGCAAUUGAAGUUUUAUUUUGUAAAUGAACAUCAUGAGAUUCUUAAACUAAUUAAGAAUGUCGCUCCUGUAACUUAAUUCUCGUAAUAAAUUGGUAUUAUUCUUUAUACUUCAGUUUCAACCAUAUGGUGAUAAAUGUGGUUUUUCUGAAGAAAAAACGAAAUUAUGUUCGAAAUAAUAAAUUAUCUGAAAGAUCCCCAUCUAGUUGCUAGAAUUCAAAGGUAUUACGGUGUUGAAGUAGUCAGUCCAUUGAAUUCAAGCCCUGUAUUAACGUCAAGCAAUGGAAAUAUUAGUAGAAGUCCACACUCUGGAGAUGAUGAAGCUUUCGCAUUCAAAAGACGAUUAGAAAAAGAGGAGGCAAUAGGGACUAGUGUCCAUAAUACUACUAGUGAAUCGAAGGAGUGCAUUGAUAAUGGAAUCAAGUCUAAUGGUUGCGUCUCAUGUGAACCUGAAGGAGAUGAAACAUUUUCAUCUGAAUCGGAGCCCGAAUCCAAGGGAUACAUCAUUACCAAUUGGGUGUGGUACUAUCUCUUUGUACUGGGUACUGCACUUGGAGACGAAAUAUUCUAUGCUUCAUUCAUUCCAUUCUGGUUCUGGAACAUUGAUGGUGCUGUUGGAAGAAGAGUUGUCUUAGUGUGGACUGUAAUUAUGUACAUAGGUCAAGGUAUUAAAGAUGUAGUGCGGUGGCCUCGGCCCUCUUGCCCUCCUGUUGUGCGUCUGCAGAAGAAGUGGGCGUUGGAGUAUGGAAUGCCAUCCACACAUGCUAUGGUUGGUGUUUCUAUUCCCCUUUCCGUCAUCCUGUACACGAUGAACCGGUACCAGUAUUCUGUUAGUCUCGGAGUCCUUUUUGCCAUUGGAUGGUGUUCUGUUAUUUGCCUUAGCCGGCUGUAUCUUGGGAUGCAUUCUGUCCUAGACAUUGUGGUGGGCAUAGUGCUUGCAUUCGGCCUUAUGGUUCCAGUUGUGCCAUUAGUUGAUGCAUUGGACCAUUAUCUUCUGACCAGUCACUGGUCUCCAGCCAUUCUGCUUAUUACUGCCAUCUGUCUGGUGGUAUUCUAUCCAAGUAGUGAUCGUUGGACUCCAACUCGUGGUGACACCACGAUGGUGUUGAGUGUAUGUGUUGGUGUGCACGUUGGUGCGUGGACAAACUACCAGCUGGGUGUGCUGAGUGAAUCUCCAGAUAGUCCACCAUAUGCUAUCAUCUGGCCAUCGUAUGAGAUGUUGGGUCUGAGUGCUUUGAGAACAGUGAUUGGAUUCUGCUGCAUUGUUGCAACACGUGCUCUCUGCAAGUCAGCAUCAUAUGCCACAGUGUGCACAUUAUUGCGUCUCAACUCUCGAGAGUUGCAGCAGUCACAAAAUAGCAUCAAGAACAGGCAGAAGAUCACUGUGGAACUGAGCUACACAUUCAUUACAUAUGCUCUCCUUGGCUUCAACACUGUUUAUCUACUGCCCAGUGUUUUCAGGCUCAUGAGCAUAGAGCGGCCAACUUUCUACACAGAGAUAUAGAACAAAUCCACAUAUGUACUUCAUAAUUCUUUUUAAAUUUCUCACUACACAGCCUUUUGUUUGUACCCUGUUGGUUAGCUACCAUGCUGCAGUCAGAAAUGCAUAUUGCAUGACACUGCUCUGUGGAAUGGAAUUUGUAUUUCUGAUUGGCCUGAAGUUUCAGUAAUGUUUACAAUUUAGGGGAAUUGUAAGAAUUACAUAAUUUGUUAGUAUUACUUGAAUCUGACCUCUCAGGCUACCAGGGAUUGCUGGUGACUGAGGUGGCAGACUGCACUCUGUGUAGUAAUGGUGGAAGUAUAAGUGUUUCAUCCCUGAACAUUUUACAUAACAAAUUUGUUUGUGGUUAAAUAGCCAUUCCAUUAAAUUCAGAUCCCAUACGAGCUGGUAUUGAAGGUGUUAAAUAGUAACAGUAGUUUUUAUCUUCUGAAAGGUGUGGCUAAAGGAUUUAUCAGUUUUUAGAUAUAUGGAACCUGUUUAUUAACUUGGUUUUUCAAAGCUGUCCCAUUAUGUCAAAUCAGUGCUUGUAUAAUCUGAUAUAGUUUCUGGAUGACUGACCACUCUUCCUAUCCCUCCUUGUCAUACCUUCUGUUUCUUUUUUUAAACAUUUGUCCAGAAUAAACCUGGAUUCAUAAGGUUUCAGACCCUGACUUUUGCCAUUUCAGUGAAAAUAGUUUCAGAGCUUAACACACUAUCUUCUUUAGCACCACAGUCAUUACAAUGAAUUCCCUGUUUAACCUUUAACAUAUGGACUUUUAAAUUGCUGGAAUUAAAAUGGCCAUAAGUCUUUAACAUUGCAGACUUU